CAGGCGUGUGCUCCGCUGGGUCGGACUGCUGACUGAUUGGGAGUUUUCGGAGAAGAUCGACGAACCACGCCUGGGGCGCCGGGCAGAGAGACCGGGCACUUGAGCAUUCAUGUCUCACGGGCUGUCGACUGAUCCCGCGAAGGCCGUGGAAUUGAUCGACGACCUCGAAGCGUUCUUCUACGUCCUCCUCUACUAUGUUUUCCGCUAUCUGACAUCAAACUGCUUGAGCGCGGCCGCCUGGAUAGAGGGUAUCUUUGAUGGUUACAGGAUCGUCGACGACGUGUACUACAUCGGCGAGGGAAAGGGAAGCGCGAUCCGGACCGGAAAGCUCACGGUGAUUACAGAACAGCUGACGUUCCAGGCGGAUUCUAUCAACUAGGUGGUUCACCAGCUGCCCUGUUCGUUCGCGGCGCACUACAAGGUCCUGGAUUACGACAAGCGUCAGGGAAACAUCUGCAUCCACCCCAUUCCCCCAUUGCCCCCUCCACCACCAAUGGAUCAUGUUACGGACGAAAUCAUCCUUCCCAAGGAUAAUAGGAACCCCCAGUUUCGGAAAGCAUCCCGCCACGACAACAUUCCGCCGACUAGAGAGGAGCGCGCCCUUGCGAAGGAUGUCGCGGACCAUAGGCCUUUUCUCGAUAUCCUGCAAGAUGCUUUGUUCUCGUUGGCGUGGGAAUCAGAAGCGGAUUGGCUCGAGGAUCAGAUUUCGCGGAAGGGGACGCCGUCACGGCAGUCAGAGCCUUCCGUCGACGCUACGGGACCUGAGAGAACGAAGAGGAGGAUUGGCCCGGGUAGUCGCUCGUAAUCGUCCACUCGCUGUUGCGCGGAGAGCUGCUGAACUACGCCGAUGCCGACGCACGGGCUCCAUGUAUCGUUUUCACGCAUCUCGACGGCGCGCUGGGAUGUAGUAUCACAAAUUAGACAAGCUGACGAGCAUCCGGCCUGAGCAAGGCUCGGAAUAAUAUCACG